AUGGACGGACCAGCUGCCAAACGACGAAAACUAUCCCCCGGAGACCACCACCAGGACUAUAUCGCCGACAACUCAAUCUCGCAGUCUAUCGAGAUACCGACAAUAGAAUCAUCUUUGCUCUCGGACGACGCGACCGAUGCUUCCCUACAGUCUUCCAUACCUGAAGAUGAAAUCAUUGGAGGCGCUUCAACACCCAAAACUUCAGAAAACACGCAAGCUGACGUGAUCUGCUUUGGAAUGUUGUAUCUAUAUACUACUAAAACUCAUUCAACACUGUUAAGAGGAGGCGCGGAGACGCUGCGGCUCGACACCAGUGGACAGCUGUGCUCGAACGCUGACGAAGCAGUUGCUACGUUAUCAUCAAGAGAUACCAAGUUACUCGGGCUUCUACAACGCGAGAGCUUAGAAUUGGAGAUAAGCAUCAGACAUCCCGAGACUUCUUCGGUGACACGGACCGCGCAGUCCUCAUCCUUUGCCCGGGUCAUUUUGUAUGGAUUGGAAACCUUAGGGCCGGGCCUCAAGAAGGUCCUGAGCAACACCGAGUACUUUCUUCAGGACCCGGUAGGUGCAGGUCGGGAUGUUGCGUACGUUAACCCUCAGCGGCUGUUCAAUUCUGCGGCAGCCCGAACCUCUAACGUGCAGUCUGAUGCCGAGUUGGCUGUGGAGCAGGAGGAAAUUUCAAUAAUCGAUGUUCUCGCCGCAUUUACGACGCCAGUUGACCUCGAACCUACGGAAGGCUCACAUGAUCUCUUGACACCACUCCAACACCACCAGAAGCAGGCCUUGACUUUCAUGAGAAACCGUGAAGCGGGGUGGAAUCUCACAGGUGACCGCACAGAUGUUUGGUCUUUGAAGGAGAACCCCAAUGGCGAUAUUGGGUACCUCAACAACAUUGAUAACUCUCUUCAGUAUCAGCAGCCACCAUCCUUUCGUGGGGGCAUUCUUGCCGAUAAUAUGGGGUCUGGAAAAUCCCUGAGCAUGAUCGCGUUGAUCGCUCACGACAGGAUACGAAGGACUAUAGGCAAAGAUGAUAUUCCUCUGAUGAAACAUAGACCGUGUGAUAACAAGACAACCCUUCUCGUCAUGCCAUCAUCGUUGCUACAGAAUUGGCAGGAUGAGCUCAAUAUGCACCUCGCACCUAAGGACUUCAAAUGGCGUUGCCACCAUGGUCAAUCAAGAAUAACAGAUAUACGAGACCUAGAAAUGCUAGAUAUCGUGUUGGUCACAUAUCAUACGGUUUUGAGUGAGUGGCGCAUGGGCCAAAAUGCAAGCAUUCUAUUUACCUCGCGGUGGAAUCGAGUAAUUCUCGACGAAGCUCAUUGCAUCAAAGGUCCAUCUGCCGUCACCACGCAAGCGGUAUGUGAAAUCCAGUCGUCGUCUCGAUGGGCUGUCACAGGGACACCAAUACAAAAUAAUUUAUCCGAUCUUCAGAGUCUACUCAAAUUCUUGCAAGUUUACCCAUAUAAUAACAAAGACACCUUUCACAAUCAAUUCACGAAUUUGUGGACGAAUGGAGAGGGGAUUCUUGCAACGAAUCGACUAAGGCAACUUCUAGGUUACAUUAUGCUUCGAAGAUCUGGUGGCCAUAUUGUACUACCAGAUCGAAAGGAUUUGAAGAUGCAUCUCAGCUUUAGCGAGCGAGAAAUGGAGACGUAUCGCGCAGCAAAGGAGAAGGCUUUGGAAUUUAUCGACGAUGUUUUAAGCAGCCAUAACGCCACACGAGGAUACAAGAACGCAGUCGAAAAGAUAAAUCAACUCCGUUUGAUAUGCAAUCACGGCUUCUGGCAGCCGGAUAACGGCUAUGCAAAGCGCAUAUUGGAGGUGCAAGGGGACAACACAGAGCAGUGGUCGAGCACCGCAGCACACAAGGCACUCAACCGAUUUCCGUCGCUAGGACUGCCUAUUGCAUGCGUAGAAUGCAGCAAUCUCUUCGACCAUGAUAUGAGUAUUUAUGAGUCUCAGCUGCUUGAGCCCAUGUCAUCAAUUCAGAUUUAUCUCACCAGGUGCCUCCGGCUAUGUCCUUCCGCGGCCAAUGAGAAUCGUCACUUCGAGCAGCAGCCUUAUCCAACCAAGAUCCGCGCCCUGCUGGAUAAUGUGCAAAAGCUUCCAAAGAGCACCAAGAGUAUUGUAUUUUCAUUCUGGAAAUCCACUCUCGAUAUUGCUCGCACUGUUUUGAAUGAAGCCGGGAUUGCCUGCGUUCAAAUUGACGGAAAGGUCAAGCCAAAGAAUCGCAAGAUAAUCUUUGAGAAGUUUCAGACAGAUGAGACCACUCGAAUAUUAUUGCUAUCGCUCUCAUGUGGCGCAGUAGGAUUGACCUUGACAGCUGCGUCGCGAGUAUAUCUUAUGGAGCCGCAAUGGAAUCCGUCGUUAGAAGAGCAAGCACUCGCUCGGGUGUAUCGAAUUGGACAGAAACAAGAUGUUACAACCAUUCGAUUCUUAAUGAAGGAUUCUAUUGAGAAGGUACUAAUAAGCUCACAGAAAGCGCCUUGCAUAUAA